AUGCAGACAGCUUUAGACUUCAGCGGAAAGGUUCCAGCUGCACCUUAUGACCCGGCACCGCUGGCAGGCACCGCUCCUUCAUACACUACACAGAUCGUCAUCAUACCGCACAAGCACAGGCGAGGAAGUUCUUGGCCCAGUCACAUCGACAGCGUGUCUCCCUUGUUAUCUGAGCUCUCGAGCAGGAGCAAAGAAGGCGGAUCGCUCGAAGGAUGCAAUGUCAACCUCGCAGAGCUUCUGGGGCCGUCCAGGGAGCUAGCGGCAUGGGAGGCAGACAUUGCUUCAGCCGGUGGCGCAAGCUCAACCUCUGCGCCUUUGAGAGAGUGGGAUUCCGCACAGUCGAGGUUUCUGAGAGCGCCUCCGGGGGGCGCAGCGGACGACGAGCUGUACGCAAUGCUGCUGUAUCGGGAUGGGAAAGCUGCAAGCAUACAGUCCCUUUCAUUCAAUACCCUCGAUCAGGGUUCUCCGCUAGUCACCAAGAUAGAAGACGCUCUUUCUCAAGCCAAACGGCAGACAGCUCGAUCACAGCCAAAAGAUGUUUCCGACAUUUUCGUUUGCAUUCACGGUAGCAGAGAUUGCAGGUGUGGGAUAGCGGGAGGUGAGCUUUGCGAAAGGCUCGAGGAAGAGACGCGUAAAUACCGGGAACGCACGCUCUUGGACGGCGCCAAGCCCAAAAGGAUUCGGAUCUGGGGCAUUGGGCAUGUUGGUGGUCACAAGGUGAGCCGCUUCGCCGCCACGUCAUGACUGGACUCAUCUCAUUGUUCGUCACCUUUGUCGCCCUUCUGCAGUGGGCUGCAAAUGCCAUCGUGCAACCUAGCGGUGACUGGUACGGAAACUUACGCAAUUCUGAUGCACCACUUGUUUUGCGCUCUGCAUUAGCCCCUCCCACAUCAUCUUACGAUUUUGAAGACAAACGCGAGAAGCUGGUUCACUGGUCGAGGUGGAGAGGCCGGCAAGGACUUAGCAAAGAGCAGAUGGCGGAAAAGUACGAACAUUGGGGCCCACCAACUGUGCAAACUGCAAUCGUCGUUCCCAAAGCGCGAGCACCUGCAGCGGCGGCAAGCGGCGUGAUCAAGUCAACAACUGGCAGCCAAGACAGCGCCACGGACCCCGUUGCUGUUGCAGCAUCAUCGUCGGAGCUACAAGCCACUCCUCAAGCGCCAAGAGAGAGUGCAGCGACCGGUCAGCCGGUCACUUUGCGUUUCGUCGACUGGCAAGGUGAAGAGCACGAAGUGCACAGUACAGUCGGAGAGACCAUCAAAGAUGCUGCAAAGCGCGCCAAUCUACCCUCCAUCGAGGCUACCUGUGGAGGUGUCUGUGAGUAGCUGCGACGCCGUCUGCUGAUCGUCCUCAUGCGGACACGCGCUGACACGCUUCGAUGCGGGUCUGGUACAGGCGAAUGCGCCACGUGUCAUGUAUACCUAGUGACGCCCACUCGCACUGCAGAUGCCUCACUGACCGUAGACGCUCCCAAAGACGCCGCCUUACCUUUUGCUCCGAGACAACGCUUCUCUAUCCAGUCACCGCCGUCUGCAUCCGCUCUGGUCGACAACCCAAAGGCAACGCCGAUGGAUGAAGAACAAGACAUGCUGGAGUAUGCGAUUGGCAGGGAGGAAAGCUCGCGUUUGGCUUGCCAGCUCAUUUCCACGCCUCAGCUUGCUUCUUGGAUGCAAAACGAGAACGGCAGAAUACUCUUGCCGAGGUUCUAA